AUGUCAACUUUACCGCGUAAUUUUCCUACAUCAACGUUAAAAUCAUUAUUAGAAAAUACAGAGUUAGCUGAUAUUUUAUUUCAAAUACGAAAUAUGUAUGAUGAUGAUAAUGAUUCAUUGAAAUCUGACAAAAAUGGUCUAAUGGGCAAUGAUUCUGGUAUGAAUAAAAUGUACGGUUCACCUUAUUUGGGUCCAAAUUUAUGGGAAAAAGAUCAAUUAUAUUCGGCAGAUAAACUCUUUUCUGACACAUCUAAACAAUCAUCUAUAUCAUCAUCUCAAAGUUCACAAAACAAUACGAAUAAUCAACAACAGAGUCAAAAUUCAAAUUCAAGUAUAAAUUUUAAAGUUGAAUCAUUAGAUAUUGAUGACUUUUUACAUGAAAAUAAUUUAAAUAUCAAUGAUAUUGAACCAUUUAAUAAUUUUGAGAAUUUAAAUGGGACUACGUCAUCGACCAAUCAAGGAGGAUGUCUAAUGAAUCAGCAGCAGCAACAACAACAACAGCAACAACAACAACAACAACAACAAUUUUCUCAACAACAAACUUCAUCAUCAUCCUCAAAUAAUAUUCAUCGUCAAACGAUAACGCCUGAUGGCUCCUCAUGUUCUCCUAUAACACAAAUAAACUCACCUAUGCAAGCCGCACCAGCCAGAUCACCCAUGCAAAAUAGUAUUGACUCAUCAUUAGCUUCAAGCCAUGAGUCAUAUGAUCAAAAAUCACGAAAAUAUUCUGAAGAAGAUUUACUUAAUAAAUCAUCUCAUCCAGUUGGGAAAAAGUCAAGAAAGGUAACACAGGAUGCAAAACAAUUUGUACCAGACGAAUUAAAAGAUGAAAAAUAUUGGGCACGUCGUCGAAAAAAUAAUUUAGCUGCAAAACGUUCACGUGAUGCUCGACGUAUGAAAGAAAAUCAAAUUGCAUUACGAGCUUCCUAUUUGGAACGUGAAUCAGAUGCAUUACGAAAACAAUUAGAAGAAUUUAAACGUGAAAAUAAAACAUUAAGAAUGAAAUUAGCUCAAUAUGAGGGUACUACAAAUGGGUCAAAAUAG